AUGCCAUUAAACUCCCUCCCGCAAGUCCCAUCCCAGGAAGUGGGCCACUUCAACCCAUCUCCAAACAUAAAUCCACCUCCCAGCGCAACCACAUCAUCCUACAAACUAAACCACCUCGCAAUCCGCAUAACAGACCCAACAGUCUCCCUGAACUUCUACAUCACCCUCCUGGGAAUGCGUAUAAUCUUCACUAUGAACGCGGGCCCCUUCACAAUCUACUAUCUAGGCCAUCCACCGCCUGAUAUUGAAUCCGCCGAGCAGCUUGAUACCUGGGCGAAGAAGACUGCCGAAAUACCAAAUAUGACGGCCACAUCGGGCUUAUUGGAACUGUAUCAUGUCCACGGAACUGAAAAAGAGAAUAUUGGUGCUGCUUCUAGUGGCGGAGGAGGUGUAUCGACGGGGAAUACACCCCCACACCUGGGUUUCGCACAUCUUGGGUUUACAGUGCCUGAUGUUCCGGCUGCGGUGGCGAGGCUGCGAGAGGCUGGGGUAACGAUUUUGAAGGAUGUCGGUGUUUCUUCUAGAGAGACUGUGCCGCUUUCGGAGUGGGAGGCGGAGAGGGGAAUAGGACGUGGUGAGAUUCAUGAGAACUAUGCGUGGUUUUUCGAAAAGUUUGCUAUGGUUUCUGAUCCGGAUGGGUAUACGGUGGAGUUGAUUCCGCAAAGCAUUUGA